AUGAACCCCUCUGACGCCCAACCACUCCCAAGGGCUUCCAGCGACCCUUACUUUGACCUGGGGACAUUAGGUCGCAAAGUCAGUACCAAUUCCCAGGAAGCCCAGAUAUGGUUCGACAGGGCGCUUGUCUGGACAUAUUGCUUUAAUCACGAUGAAGCAAUCACCUGCUACAAGCAGGCGAUCGCACACGACGAGAACUGCGCCAUGGCCUAUUGGGGGAUAUCCUUCUGCUCAGGCUCCAAUUACAACAAAACAUGGGCGCUGUUCGACGAAAGAGACCGACUCAAUGCGAUCAGACAGUGUUAUAUAUUUUCGCAAGAAGCGCUGAGGCGGGCGAACAAUGCAUCAGAUUGGGAGCAAGCGCUCAUCAAGGCUCUUGCUAAACGUUACCCCAACGAUGAUCCGAGUAGGGAUCUUGCCGGAUGUAGCCGAGCGUACGCCGAUGCCAUGAGAGAAGUGUAUAUAAGUUUCGGUCGCGAAGAUUUCGACAUUAUCACACUCUUCGCCGACGCAUUGAUGAAUUGUGCUCCGCGAAAGUUAUACGACGCCUCCACGGGGCUCCCGAUAGCAUCAUCCCCGGUGUUCGAAGUGAAAGAUCUACUAGAUCGGGCCUUGAAGAUGCCGAAAGUCGAACUGCAUCCAGGUCCCGCGCACAUGUAUAUCCAUCUGAUGGAAAUGUCGGCGACUCCCGAGGCUGCUCUCCCGGCAGCAGAGAUGAUCCGUGAAAUGUUUCCCGAUACAGGCCACACCUUCCACAUGCCUGCCCAUAUCGAUGUUCUUGUGGGCGAUUAUCGUCGCGCGGUGGAAUACAAUCUGAAAGCGACCCUCGCAGAUGAUAGAUACUUUAAACUGAAUGGCGGCUUGACAUUCUACAGCUACUAUCGUCUACACGACUAUCACUCCCUCAUCUACGCUGCGAUGCUUGGUGGGAAGUCAAAGGCGGCUUUGUCGGCGACCGAUCGAAUGGAAGCGACUAUCACGGAGGAAAUUCUUCGGGUCGAAACGCCUGCACUUGCAAACUGGAUGGAAUUUUUUAAGGCAGUCAGAGUCCAUGUGCUCAUUCGCUUUGGGAUGUGGGAAGAACUUAAAAGGCUCGACCCGCUCGAAGAUAAGGAGCUCUAUUGCGUCACGAACGUUAUGAGACAUUAUGGAAAGGCCAUCGCGUAUGCGGCCACGUCUCAGCUCGAGGAAGCCAACGAAGAACGAGAACUUUUCAAAACUGCCUCUAAGCUUGUACCUCCUACACGUCUCGACUUCCCCAACAAAAUCACCGAUAUUCUCAAAGUAGCAUCUGCUAUGCUGGAUGGCGAAAUUGAGUAUAGAAGAGGUAAUUAUGAUACUGCGUUCUGCAGGUUACGAGAAGCAAUUACUCUGGAAGACGAGCUGCCUUUCGCAGAGCCAUGGGGUUGGAUGCUUCCAGCUCGGCAUCCAUAUGCAGCCCUGUCAUUGGAACAGGGAAGAGUUGAGCAGGCUGCACAGGCUUAUGCUGAAGAUUUGGGGCUCUCCCCGACACCUAAACGUGCCCAUCAACACCCGAAUAAUGUUUGGGCUUUGCAUGGCUAUCACGAGUGUCUUCAACUCUUGGGUCGCCAUGCAGAGGCAAACAUUAUCAAGAAACAACUUUCCCUUGCUCUUGUGGAGGCAGAUGUUGAAAUCACAUCUUCAUGCUUUUGCCGUCUUGGGAAAUUGCCUUCCUCUUGUGGAAAGCCUAAGGUGAAUGGUUGCCACAGUGUGUAG